UGGCCGGGGCAGCUGCUGGGGCGGCGGCGCUGACAAGACACGAAGCUCUAUGCCUUUCCGGCUGCUCAUCGCGGUCGGUCUACUGUGCGUGCUGCUGCCCUUGCACCGUGGUGCGCCGGGCCCUGAUGGCACCGCGCCGGACCCUGCCCACUACAGGGAGCGAGUCAAAGCCAUGUUCUACCACGCCUACGACAGCUACCUGGAGAACGCCUUCCCCUACGAUGAGCUGCGACCUCUCACCUGCGACGGGCACGACACUUGGGGCAGUUUUUCUCUGACUCUGAUUGAUGCUCUGGACACCUUACUGAUUUUGGGGAAUGUCUCAGAAUUUCAGAGAGUGGUUGAUGUGCUGCAGGACAACGUGGACUUUGAUAUUGACGUGAACGCCUCCGUGUUCGAAACUAACAUCCGAGUGGUAGGUGGCCUCCUGUCGGCUCACCUACUGUCAAAGAAGGCUGGGGUGGAAGUCGAGGCUGGAUGGCCGUGCUCUGGACCGCUCCUGAGGAUGGCUGAGGAGGCAGCCCGAAAACUCCUCCCAGCCUUUCAGACCCCUACUGGCAUGCCAUAUGGGACGGUGAACCUGCUUCACGGCGUGAACCCGGGUGAGACCCCAGUCACCUGUACAGCCGGGAUUGGAACCUUCAUUGUCGAAUUUGCCACCCUGAGCAGCCUCACUGGUGACCCCGUGUUUGAAGAUGUGGCCAGAACAGCCCUGACUCGCCUCUGGGAGAGCCGGUCAGAUAUCGGACUGGUUGGCAACCACAUCGACGUGCUCACUGGCAAGUGGGUAGCCCAGGACGCAGGUAUCGGGGCUGGUGUGGAUUCUUACUUUGAGUACCUGGUGAAAGGAGCCAUUCUGCUGCAGGAUAAGAAUCUCAUGGCCAUGUUCCUAGAGUAUAACAAAGCCAUUCGGAAUUACACCCGCUUCGAUGACUGGUACCUGUGGGUGCAGAUGUACAAGGGGACUGUGUCCAUGCCGAUCUUCCAGUCCCUGGAGGCCUACUGGCCUGGUCUUCAGAGCCUCAUUGGGGAUAUUGACAAUGCAAUGAGGACCUUCCUCAACUACUACACUGUAUGGAAGCAGUUUGGGGGGCUCCCGGAAUUCUACAACAUUCCUCAGGGAUACACAGUGGACAAGCGCGAGGGCUACCCGCUUCGGCCAGAACUCAUCGAAAGUGCCAUGUACCUCUACCGUGCCACGGGAGAUCCCACCCUCUUAGAACUUGGAAGAGAUGCUGUGGAAUCCAUCGAAAAAAUCAGCAAAGUGGAGUGUGGAUUUGCAACAAUCAGAGAUCUGCGAGACCACAAGCUGGACAACCGCAUGGAGUCUUUCUUUCUGGCUGAGACUGUGAAAUACCUCUACCUUCUCUUUGACCCGGAUAACUUCAUCCACAACAACGGCUCCACCUUCGAUGCUGUGAUCACCCCCUACGGCGAGUGCAUCCUCGGAGCCGGGGGGUACAUCUUCAACACCGAAGCCCACCCCAUCGACCCCGCAGCCCUGCACUGUUGCCGGAGGCUGAAGGAAGAGCAGUGGGAAGUGGAGGACUUGAUGCGGGAAUUCUACUCUCUCAAACGGAACAGGUCAAAAGUUCAGAAAAAGACGAUGAGUUCCGGGCCAUGGCAACCCCCAGGAGGACCGGGAACGUUAUCCGCUCCAGAAACCCAGGACAGAUCAAGGGGAAAGAAGCCUGGCAAACAGAAAGUCCCUCUUCUCAGCUGCCCUAGUCAGCCCUUUACCUCUAAGUUGGCAUUACUGGGACAGGUUUUUCUAGACUCUACAUAAUCACUGGAUGAUUUUUUUUAAAAACUAAACUAUAAUAAUAAAUAAAUCUGCUUUUGUCCAUUG